AUGGUGUAUUGGAUCGUCGAUUGCGCGCAAACUCGGGCCAUAGAUCGAGACUUUCAGACUUUCCUGGCCAACGGCCGAUUGCCGCAAUUCUUCAGGUCUUUAUUAAUAUUAAAAAAAUUUUUGUCAAAAGGAAGAGAUGGAUUUGGCCCUGGGGAACAAGAAUGGAAUUACGUUCAAGUGCGCCCCAACGCGAAUAUGUUCUGGUGGCUUUACUAUACUACAUCAAAAGUUAAUUCCUAUUACGACAAACCUUUACUCAUCUGGUUGCAAGGAGGACCAGGCGCAUCUUCAACAAGUUAUGGAAAUUUCGAGGAAUUGGGUCCCCUCGAUGUGAAUCUGAAUCCGAGGAAUUACACUUGGGUCAAGAACUAUAAUGUUCUCUUUAUCGACAAUCCUGUUGGUACCGGAUACAGUUACGUGGAAAAUAAUUGGGCAUAUGCGCAGACGAACACGCAAAUUGCAAAGGACCUCGUGGAAUGUAUGCGAGGAUUUUAUAAGGAAUUACCAAACUUUGAAAACGUUCCGACGUAUAUCCUAACUGAAUCGUAUGGCGGAAAAAUGGGCGCGGAGUUUGCAUUACUCUGGUACCGAGCUCAGAAAGCUGGUACCAUCAAGAGUAAUCUAAAAGGAAUCGCACUUGGAGACUCUUGGAUCUCUCCAAUCGACACUGUAACGACAUGGGCACCAUUUUUGCUCAAUACUGGUAUGAUAGACACAGAAGGUUCUAAAGAAAUUGAAGCUGCAGUACAAAAAGUGAAGGACUGUAGUGAGCUUGGCGAUUGGUUAAGUGCAACUCAACAGUGGGCUAUUACACAAAUGGUCAUUUUACGGAGGACUUACAAUAUUGACUUUUACAAUAUUCUUACAAAGAAAUUUCCGUCAGGAGAUUUGCUUCGAACACCGUUCUUACUUAGUAAUAACAUAUCUGCCAUCAUGUUUCUAUAUCUAAAUCUCAAUGAGAGAGAGUCUUCUAUCUCACUCGAAAAUUUGAUGAACGGUCCAGUAAAGGAAACGCUCGGUAUUGAAUCUAUUCAUGGUAGUCAAUCCUCUGACGUUUUUUGGUACUUACGAGAAGAUUUUAUGAAACCUGUUACUCACAUAGUGGAAGCGUUACUUAAUGAAACCGACUUGAACGUAUUUGUGUACAAUGGACACUUGGAUUUAAUUGUCGAUACACCAGGCACUCUUCAGUGGGUCGAAAAGCUGAAAUGGAAACACGCCGGCACCUGGAAAAACUCAAAUAGGUAUCCGCUCAUCGUUGAAUCCAUCGUCGAGGGCUAUUUCAAGGCUCAAGGAAACUUCAGGAUGUAUUGGGUCAACAGAGCCGGACAUAUGGUACCGAGGGACAAUCCGGCAGCCCAGGAGAAAAUAUUACAAGAUUUGACGAAGAAUGCAUACAUAGGAAGAAAAGAGAAACCUGAUUUGACGAUUUCAUUUUGUACUUAA